AUGUGUCCACUCUGGAGAUUCCCGUUUUUACCUGGUCGUGCACAUUGGGGCGCGGCGCCCCGACUGGCCAACACCUUGACAAACCCGGCUGCAACGGACCCAGGCCACAGGCAGCUCGCCGCGGGCAACCAGAGAGCUAUGUCUGCGGGCAGCCUUCGUGUAGCUACUUACAUGCAGGAGCAUCCCGACGACGCAGCGGAAAUACGGGAUGAGCUCAAGUUCUGGAACCAAGUCAUGGACCACCAAGUACCCAUGACCAAGGAACGAGUCGAGGCAACGUUACCGCUUCUCACGGCACUCGAAUGGGGCCCUCUAUUUACCAACACGAGCCCAAUCAUGUUCUGUCCUCUGGGGCUCGAUCCCCUGGAUGUACGCUGCUCAUUUCCUACGGUCGACCCAUCCUCCCAUCUUCACGCGGCCCGGGCCGCCGACGAACACCGGCCUCGCCAACCAGUCAAUCUGGUUCGACCGGACCCGAAGCCUGACUUCUGA